GCAGGCAGGCAGCGGAGUCAGUGAGCACAGGCUUGAGGGUCUGGACAGCACUGUGGGGCAUGACUGAGAUGGUCCCUAGAGAGAUGGCACUGGGGCUCACAGCUGCUUCCCAGGACACCUGGGGCCUGCAGGAGAGCCUCUUCCCUUGUGAGAGUGACAGUGACAGCCUGUAUUUCACCUAUAGCGGACCCCCCAAUACGCUGGAGGUGCGGAACCUCAGCUACCAGGUGGAUACAGCCUCCCAGCUGUCCUGGUUCAAGCGGCUUGUCCACUUCAAGCUGCCCUGGGCUUCGGGCCGGGCACUCCACCUGCUGGGUGUGCAGCAUCUGAGUUUCACACUGAGGAGCGGGCAGAUGGUGGCCAUCCUCGGGACCCCAGACUGUGGGCGCGCCUCCCUGCUGGACGUGCUGACAGGGCGCGGACUGGCCGGAGGGGUGCGGUCCGGCGAGGUGCUCAUCAAUGGGCAGCCGGGCACGCCACAGCAGGUGCGCAAGAGUGUGGCCCAUGUGCGCGGCCAUGACCAGCUGCUGCCCCACCUGACCGUGCGCGAGACUCUGGCCUUUGUGGCACAGCUGCGCCUACCCAGGACCUUCACCCAGGCCCAGCGAGACAAGAGGGUGGAGGAGGUGAUAGCGGAGCUGCGGCUGCGCCCAUGUGCAGACACCCGUGUGGGCAACAGCUACGUGCGUGGGGUCUCAGGGGGUGAGCGGCGCAGAGUCAGCAUUGGGGUUCAGCUGCUCUGGAACCCAGGCAUUCUGCUGCUGGACGAGCCCACGUCGGGGCUGGACAGCUUUACGGCGCAUGCGCUGGUGCGCUCGCUGAGCCGCCUGGCGCGUGGGAACCGUCUGGUUCUGCUGGGGCUACAGCAGCCCCGCUCUGAUGUCUUCCGCCUGCUUGACCUGGUGCUGCUGCUGGCCGCUGGGCAGCCUGUCUACCUGGGUGCCGCCCACCACCUGGCUGCCUACUUCAGUGCUGCAGGCCACCCCUGCCCACGCUUCUGCAACCCCGCAGAUUUUUAUGUGGACCUGACCAGCGUGGACAGGAGCUGCCCCGAGAGUGAGGCGGCCAGCCGGGAGAGGGCGCGGGCCCUGGCUGUCUUGUUCAGAGACAAAGUCCAGGGGAACCCUGACUUCCUGUGGAGAGCAGAGGGCUCAGGACCCGAAAUCAACAGCCCAGCCCCCUUGAGUGAGCCUGAACACCCCCUGCGGGCCCCCAAGAUGCCUGGCCCACUCCAGCAGUUCACCACACUGAUCCGGCGCCAGUUGUCCAAUGACGCACGCGCCCUGCCGGUCCUGCUGGUGCGUGGGGUGGAGGCCUGUCUGAUGGCGCUGGUCAUCGGCUUCCUCUACUAUGGCCAUGGCGCUGCCCCCCUCUCGGCUAUGGACAUGGUGGCCCUACUCUUCAUGACCUGUGCGUUAGUCCCCUUCAACAUCAUCCUGGCGGUGAUCUCCAAGUGCUACUCAGAGCGGACCAUGCUCUCGUUGGAGCUGGAGGAUGGGCUGUAUAGUGCCGGCCCCUACUUCUUUGCCAAGGUGACCAGCCUGGGUGUUGGGCACACUCCCAGGUCAGGUGGCCUACGCGCUUACCUACGGGCUACUCACCUACGGGCUGGCAGGACUACGCAUGGAGCCGGUGCCCUUGCUACUUCACCUGUUGCUGGUGGCCCUGGGUGUGCUGUGCUGCCGUGCCAUGGCCCUGGCCAUUGCCGCCCUGAUGCCCUCCUUCCACGCCGCCUCCUUCUGUGGGAACGCGCUCUACAAUGCCUUCUACCUCAGUGGUGGCUUCAUGGUGCAGCUGAAUGGCCUGUGGACCGUGCCUGCCUGGAUCUCCAAGGUGUCCUUCCUGCGCUGGUGCUUCCAGGGGUUGAUGCUCAUCCACUUCCAGGGACAGACGUACCCCCUAGCUGUGGGCAACCUCACCCUGCCCGUGCCCGGGGACCUGGUCCUCAAGUCCAUGGGUUUGGCCUCCUGCCCACUCUUUGCCGUCUACCUCAUCCUGCUGGGCCUCAUGGUCGGCUUUCUGCUGCUCUACUACCUGUGCCUGUGCUUCAUCAGACAGACAUCUAGCCAGGACUGGUGAUGUAGGGGCUACUGCUGCACCCUCAGCACCUCUGGGACAGUGCAUCUUCAGCCUGGGUUUGCCCCCCAACCUAGGGACAGUGCAGCCCAGGACCCAGGAGCUCCCCAUGACAAUGGACUGCAGUGCUGGGGGCCGGCCACCAGGUGGCAGCAAAAUAAAGAUAGUGGAGGCAACCUGUACCCAGGGACAGGCUUGUCCCCCAUUAUGUCUAGAGAAAAAACAGCAUGGGGGUAUGGUACCCCCAAACAAGCAUCUGGUGACCAAUGGACUUGAAGCCUGGGACCCUGAGGAUACCCCUGGUCAAAACCGUCUGCCCUGAAGCUGGAAUGUCAGGUGGACAGAGCAUUGCCACACAGCCCCACCUCCAGCUGCCUGAACACACUUGGCCAGGCCCCCAUUCCCCCUGGCAGGCCCAGGUGCACACAAUGCUGAAACAAGCUCCGUGUGAGGAUGAGGACAUGGGGAGCAUGGGGCUCACAGGUGUCCUCAUUGAGGUGUGUCAGCAGGGACAGACAACCUACCCCUGCAUGGGCUCCUUGCUCUUGGCCUCUCCCUUCCAGGAGGCUGCCCCCCCAUGGACCUCCUGCUCUGAGCCUGUGUCGCCUCAGGUCAUGCAUCCUUGAGCUAUAUGUUCUCUUCCUCCCUGCAGGUCAGUCCUCCCUAACAGGGCCUCACCUCUACAGCGCUUUAGUCCCAGAAUGGCACUGCAGGGUGCACCCCACCUGAAUCUGUAGGGAUACAUAUAGCCCCUUCCUCAUCUCAGCCCACCCCAGCACUACUGAGGGCUGACCCCUCCCUCAGCCCCACUAUGGUCAUGAGGGUUAAUUGGGUCCUGGACGAGGGCAGGUGAUGGCCCUGGUAUGGCCGUGAAGGUCUGACAGGGAUCUGCAUGGCUGCUUGCCUGUGGCAAGUACUGUUAUCAGUGACAGGUCACCCUGGCCAGAGGGGCUCAGCAGUUUGACCCUCAUGAGGAUGCAGACUGCCCCAAAGUUGGUAUGUUGGGGGGCAGUGAGUUUAGCACUCAGUCCCUGGUAUGACAUGGGGCCUUAGGGCUCAGCUUCCAGGUAUGGUCCUGGUCUGUAGGCAGCACACAGCUCCAGUGCCUGCUUGGACGUGGCCUGCGUGGGAAUGAGGGGCAGAGAAUGCAGCAAGGGUGACCUGAUGUCCUCAGUGAGCAUCCCCAGGGUCCAGCAUUUGCCCUGCUGACUCUGAACACAACCCAAGUUUACUGGCCCUUCCACAAGCCUUGGAUUAAACACCUAAAACCUGGCAGGACCUCUCUAGCUACCUGACAAGGACAUUUUGGCCACACAGGAGUCAUAACAUACCACCCAACUCUAAAGUUUAAGGUGAAAGUCUUAGAAACCACUUGAGGCAGUUUUUUUAAUGGAAAAAUAAAAAUAAUUACCCAAGA